AUGAUAUCAGCAUCACUGAAACAGUUUCCAAGAAUCAUUACUAGGCCAGCAGCUAGCCGCUUUGCAAGUUCAAAAGUAGUCGGGAUUGAUUUAGGCACUACGAAUAGUGCAGCGGCCUAUGUACGUGACCCUAACGACAUUAGCUCGGUUUCAAUAAUUGAAAAUGAUGAGGGCAAGCGCACGACUCCAUCUGUUGUAGCAUUUGAUAAAGAAGGUAAAGUAAUUGUAGGUGAGGCAGCCAAGAGGCAGUCGUUGGUCAACCCCGAAAAUACGUUUUAUGCCACCAAAAGGUUAAUUGGCCGCAGUUUCCGAGAUGACGAGGUGCAAAGGGAUUUGAAAACCAUGCCUUUCAGAAUUGUAGAAAAUAAAACGAGUGGGCAAGCAUAUUUGGAAACUUCUUUCGGUGCUGUCAAAUCGCCCAGUGAAAUGGGAUCUGCAAUAUUAUCAUAUUUAAAAACGACAGCUGAAAACUAUUUACAAGAGAGCAUCAACAAAGCUGUUAUAACCGUCCCUGCUUACUUUAAUGAUUCUCAAAGACAGGCAACAAAAGAUGCCGGAACUAUGGCUGGGCUGAAGGUUCUGAGGGUGGUAAAUGAGCCAACUGCAGCCGCUUUGAGUUUCGGUUUGAAUCGCGAAGAUUACUCGGGUGUCAUUGCCGUGUAUGAUUUGGGAGGCGGCACAUUCGACAUCUCAAUCUUGGAUAUUGAGGGCGGUGUCUUUGAAGUGAGGGCUACUAACGGAGAUACUCAUCUGGGAGGCGAAGAUUUUGACAAUGUCGUGGUUGACCAUAUAAUUGACGACUUCUUGACGAAGAAUCCCGAAAUUCCGAAAGCAAAGUUCGUUGGGAGUCGAGAAGCAAUGCAGAGAAUCAGAGAAGCUGCCGAGAAGGCCAAGAUCGAUUUAUCACACGUCAAAGAGACCAGCAUUGAUAUUCCUUUCAUAUACGAUAACAAGCAUGUUGCUCUAAAGUUGCAGGAAGAUGAGCUAGAUAACAUGACUUUGCCAUUGAUUGAAAGAACGAUUCCUCCAGUAAAGAAAGCUCUGAAAGACGCCGAAAUCGAGCCAGAAGACAUUGACGAGGUGAUAAUGGUGGGCGGGAUGUCUCGUAUGCCAAAAAUUCGUUCAAUAGUUGCCGACAUUUUUGGCAAGAAGCCUAACACAACAGUGAACCCUGACGAGACAGUUGCCCUGGGGGCCGCGAUCCAGGGUGGAAUUCUGUCUGGAGAGAUAAAGAACGUUUUAUUACUGGAUGUAACUCCUCUAACACUCGGGAUCGAGACUUAUGGGGGUGUUUUCUCUCCACUUAUCCCAAGAAACACAACUGUUCCUGUGAAGAAAACCGAGGUUUUCAGCACUGGAGUCGAUGGCCAGAACGGUGUUGAAAUCAGAGUCUAUCAAGGUGAAAGAGGUCUAGUCAAAGACAAUAAGCUAAUUGGCGACUUCAAGCUGACAGGUAUACCGCCAAUGCCCAAAGGCGUUCCACAAAUACAAGUCAAAUUUGAUAUAGAUGCUGAUGGGAUAAUAAAUGUUUCUGCCGUAGAGACAAGUAGCGGGAAAGAGAAUUCUAUCACGGUUAUUGCGAAUUCCGGUUUAACUGAGGAUGAAAUUCAGCGUAUGGUAGACGAAGCAAACGCGAACAAAGAUCGUGAUAACUUGAUAAGGCAGCGCGUCGAACUGAUAACUAAGGCAGAUAUCAUGAUUUCCGACACCGAGAACACAUUUGAAAGAUUUAAUGAUGUAAUUAAAUCAAAUGCUCUCUAUCCAGAAACAGUGGAAAGACUGAAGGAGGUAAGAACCAUGGUCAACCAAUUCAAGGAGAAUUCAUCCGAUCUCAACCUCGAUGUCAACGUGAUUAAAAAGGCUACUGAUCAAGUCCAGAACAUGGCUUUGAACCUUUUCAAAAGUGCUUCUAAGGCUCAAGCAAAGUCAAAAUAA